AUGGCUGGACGGGGCAAUAGUCAUCGUGGUGAUAAUGGCUGGGGUGAAUGGGGUGGUUAUAUGGCUGCCAAAAAGCGUAAACUUGAAGAACAAUUUGAUAAAGAUAGUUCGAACAAUGCAAAACAGCUUGAGCGUAAAAGUAAUAUCUUUCAAGGUAUUUCAAUAUUCGUUGAUGGUCAUACAGAGCCACCAGCGGAUGAAUUGAAAAAGCUAAUGAUGGAACACGGCGGUGUUUAUCAUGCUUAUUAUUCAAAAGACAAAAUCACAUAUUUUAUUUCGAAUAAUUUACCUUAUGCGAAGAUUCGCAAACUGAAGCCCAAUGACAAAGUCAUCAAUUCCAAGUGGAUCACCGAUUGUAUCAAAGAAAACAAGCUUCUAUCGACACACAAUUAUGAAAUGUACAAAGAUAUGACUCGCUCUCGUGGUCAAACUGAACUUAAUUUUAAACGUGCUGAACCGAUGAAACCAAUCACAUCUGAUUUUAAUGUACCAAAUAGUGAUGACGAAGAUGAUCAUUCAUCGGCAUCGGAAACUGAAGAAGCUCCUACGGAAGAUGAUGAUCAUCAAUCUGCGCUUGAUGCAAAGCAUCCAAAAUUUUUAGAAACAUUCCUCAAACGUUCUCGUCUGCAUUAUUUAUCAUCAACAGCUGUAGCCAAAAAAGUCUACGUACAAGAACUACGUCAAAAGCCUGAACAUCGUCAACUCAUCGAAAAAAGACGAGAAGAGUUGAAAAAUACUAUUCAACGUACAGAACGGGACUACUUGUUUAAGAUUCACGAUGAGAAAAAAGAGAAAAUCUACAUGCAUAUCGAUAUGGAUUGUUUCUUUGUAUCAGUUGCAACAAGACAUCAGCCUGAAUUGCGCGAUCAACCUAUCGCCAUCACACAUUCGAAGGGCAGAAAAGCAGCCACAACUAGUGAACAUCAGUUUUAUUCACGAUCAGAAUUAGCUUCUUGCAAUUAUGCUGCUCGACAAUAUGGAAUCAAAAAUGGAAUGUAUUUAGGUCGAGCUCAAGAGCUAUGUCGAAAUCAUCAAGCGAAAUUAUUAUGUUUACCGUACGACUACGAAGGUUUUCACGAAGUCUCUGAUCGUUUUUAUGACACUGUAUUAAGUUAUACUCUGGAAGUUGAAGCUGUCUCAUGUGAUGAACUAUAUGUCGAUCUUACUGAUUUACUUAUCUAUCUUAAACCACUUCAUCCAUUAACAUUUGUUGCCUUAUUACGUGAAGAAAUUCAGAUCAAUACGAAAUGUCCUUGCUCGGCUGGAUUGGGUUCGAACAUGCUCCUAGCACGUUUAGCCACACGACAAGCCAAACCAAAUGGUCAAUAUUAUGUUGAGAAAGGCUAUGAGCAAGAAUUUAUCGCGAAACAAAAACUAAUUGAUCUGCCCGGUAUUGGCUCAUCGAUAUUGGACAAACUACAACAAACAUUUCCACAGACGACGGUCGAUACGUGUAAACAAGUUCAAAAUCUUUGUUCUCUCGAACAAUUAAAAAAUAUUUUGGGAAAAAAACAAGGACAAACAAUGUAUGAUAUGACGCAUGGUAUCGAUACCCGAAUAUUAACAAAAGAUUACCUACCGAAAUCGAUUUCCAUUGAUAUUAAUUAUGGUAUACGGUUUCAAACAUUUGAUGACUUGACAGUAUUUAUUAAGCAGUUAGUUUUGGAAUUACACAAGCGAUUGAAACAAGCAAGACAGAAAGGAAAGCAGCUAUCGGUGAAAAUACGAGUUCGAGCACCAGAUGCUCCCAUCGAACCAGAAAAGUUUAUGGGUUGCGGGAGAACAGAUGAUUCAAGUCGAUUAGUUAAUCUUCAUUCGUAUACAGAUGAUCCAGUCAAUAUUGAAUUGGAAACGAUUAAGUUACUGAAACAAAUGAAUUUCAUUGUGGCAGAUUUACGUGGAAUUGGAAUUAGUAUGACACAGUUCCAGUCAGCAUUGAAAAAUACCAGUGGUAAAGAUAUGAAUGGACACCGAACUCUAUUCGAUUGUAAUCAAUUUCGAGUACCGAAACCAUCAUCGACUACGGUGGAAAAUCAGGCAGAUACUGGUGAGCCAAGUGAAAGUUCUGUGACAAGAAAACGGCCAAUGCAACAAGAACCAACAACGACAGCAGUUCCUCAGAAAGUAUCGCGACUCGAUUGUUAUACUCCAGGCCAAAUCGAUCCUCAUGUUAUGAAUGAACUUCCUGAACCGAUUCGUCAAGAAGUGGAACAAUAUCUGAAAAAUCCUCCUUCAGUUUUGAGACAAAAUUCUGAAUCAGAUCGAGUUGAAGUUGUCGAAAAAUCGUUUACACAAGUCAUGGAUCAUCUGGACGAAGCUGUACUCAAUGAACUUCCGCCAGAAAUGCGUCGAGAGAUAACAAUGGCGCAGAAGCUGCGCAAAAUGGAAUCAAAAUAUCCACCCAUCGGUGGAAAACGAUUGAUACCGAUCAGUGUUCCUUUGAAUCCAGUUAUCCAAGAGAAAAGCAAUGCGUUCAAUGUUCUAAUGAAUUCACCUCAAAAGCAGCCGACAACAACAACAAAGAAAACUUCAAUACCUGUGAAAAGAUGGCGUACAGAAACCAUUCUCAAUGAGGAGCCUAUGACUACUACUACCACUUCGAAUGUUCGGACCGAAUCUAAACCUCAAAGUUUCCAACAACAACCAAGUAUUGCUGGUUUUACAUCGUUGAGUGAUGUCAAAUUAAUGUUACGAGAAUGGAUUGAAUCAAGUGAUGAACCGAAUCAAAUAGAUUUCGAUCUAUUUCAAAAUUACCUUAUCGAUCUCUUGAAUUCAUAUAAUGCGGAGAUGGUUCAUCAGUUAUUAAGCUACGGAUUAUUACAACUAAAACCAUUGACAAGCAAAAGUCAAUGGAUAAAACAUUUUCAAAGCUUAAUCGAAGCUGUACAAACUCGUUUUCGGCAAAUGUAUGGUGGUGCCACCAUGGAUCUUUCAUGA